AUGCCGCCAUUUUCAUUACCUCUGAAUUUGAAAUGGAGACCGUUGAAUUUGAAGGCCACCGCUAUCGCCACCAACACUGACAAGGUCACCGAGGUGCUGCUGCCGGAGAAAAUCCGCAACUCGAGAGUUCUCGUCCUCGGCGGAACGGGUCGAGUCGGAGGAUCCACUGCCAUUACGCUCUCAAAUUUGUGUCCAGAUCUUCAAAUCCUUGUCGCCGGUAGAAACAGGGAGAAAGGUGAGGCUCUCACCGCUAAACUUGGCGGCAAUUCAGAGUUUGCUCGUGUUGACAUCAACGACGUGAAUUCACUGGAAACUGCGUUGAAGAGUGUAGAUCUCGUAAUUCAUGCCGCUGGUCCCUUCCAACGCGCAGAAAGGUGUAGCGUGCUUGAAGCUGCAAUAAAUACUAAGACUGCGUACCUCGAUGUUUGUGAUGACACGAUCUACGCAUGGCGAGCAAAAUCCUUGAUGAAUAGGGCGUUGGAUGCAAAUGUUCCGGCUAUAACAACGGCAGGAAUAUACCCUGGAGUUAGCAAUGGUGCUUACCUACCCGUCGGCCUUGUUAUUAUGUUUCCAAAGCAGAACCAGAAAUAA